CCUCCCGUUAAAUCCCGGCGGGCCGCGCUGGGCCGGGACCGCCGCCCCCGGGACCGUUGUCGCUCCCCCCGGGACCGUUGUCGCUCCCCCCGGGAUUUUUGUCGCCCCUCCCGCGACAUUUGUCGCCCCCGCCAUGGCCAGCGAGGGGGAGCCCGGUCGCCGCCGCCGUUGCUGCACGCAGGAUGCGCCCGAUGUCCCCAAGGCCACCGAGCCCCCAGGGGACAGCGACGGCCCCCGCCGGGGCUCCCUCUGCGACCGCCACUGCGCCGCCAUCAACAACGCGCAGGGUGACUUGGGUGACCCGGGCUGCCACCUGCACCGUCCCCGUGUCCCCCCAGCUGUGUCCCCCCUGUCCUGCUGCCAGCAGCACUCGGACGAGGUUUGCGAGAGCUGCGUGGUGAAAACCACCCUGACGGCCGAAAACGCCGUGGAGGCCAACAAGCUCUCCAACAACUACAAGUUUGGCUUCAAGAAAUGGAAGAGCCACGUGACAGCGCGGCCCUGGGAGGACCGGUCGGAGAUCGUCAAGGAGCUCUACUCCGACCUCAAUGUCAUCCGGGGCUUUGGAGGGUCCACGGUGACGUGUGGGAAUGUCCUCUACCUGCUGCUCUUCGGCUGGUGGCUCUCGUUCCUCUACGUCCUCGUGGCUGCUGUGAUGUUUGUCACCGUCGUGGGGGCUCCUUAUGGGCGGCUCUGCUGGGACCUGGCCGGGUAUUUCCUCUGGCCCUUUGGCAAAGUGAUCCAGAAAGCAGAGGUCCCCAAAUCCCGCCGGGCGCUGGGUGCGUGUGAGGCUGGCGCGGGGGAGAGCUCGGCCCUGCUCGGCGGCCCCGCGCCGCACCGCUGGCGCCCGUGGUGCUGGGCACACACCGGACACUGGCAGCGUGCCGGCGCCGUGGCGUGGCUGUGCCUGGGCUACCCGGCGCUGGCGCUGGCCCACGGGCUGGUGUGCGUCGCCGCGUGGCUCCUCAUCUUCCUCAUCCCCGUGGCCAAGCUGAGCGCCCGCACAGCCGCCCGCGUCUUGCUGCUGCCGCCGGAGCGGGUCUUCAUCCGGCGCCUGAAGAUGGUGGGUGACUCCGCGGAGAGCGGGAGGGUCCCGAACUCCUGCUCCGGGGUGGAUUUUUGGGGUGGGUGGGGUGCUCGGAGUUGUCACCCACACGUCCCUCCGCAGACGGAGGUGCCGCUGGAGGGGGAGGUGAUCCUCUGCUGCUACCGCGCCGUCAACCCCUACUACUACAAAUACGCCGUGGACGGCAUCAACGUCUUCGCCGUCAACCUGCUGCCACUGGUGCUGGUGACGCUGGUGCUGGGCUACGUGGACAGCCACAACCGCCUGACCAGCUCCCCCAUCAAGUUCACGUUGGCCUUGCUCUCCAUCAUGCCGCUCUCCUACUACAUUGGGAUGGCCAUCGCCAGGUGGGUGGUGACCUGGGGGUGGGGGACACUUGGUGGCACGCUGGGGGGGUGGGGACACGUGCCAGCCCCGUUGACUCCCUCCUCUUCCUCCAGCAUCUCAGCCCAGAGCAACUUUGCGGUGGGAGCGGUGGUGAACGCCACGUUUGGCUCCAUCACGGAGCUCACCUUCUACAUCACGGCCCUCAUCAAGGGCUCGCGCGAGGGCAACCGCUGCUACGCCGAGAUCGUCAAGUCGGCGCUGACGGGGACGCUGGUGGGCUGUGUCCUCUUAGUCCCGGGUCUGUGCAUGGUGAUUGGAGGCAUCCGGCACCAGGAGCAACGGUUCAACAGCCGCUCGGCGGGCGUCAGCUCAGCCUUGCUCUUCCUUUCCGUGGGAGGUGAGUUGGGGACAGGGGUGUCCCCAGGUUUGGGGGAGAGGGGGGUCCCACCACCGUGGGUGCCCACCCCAUGUCUCCCCGUCCCCGCAGGCGUCUUCGCCCCGACGCUCUUCUCCAAAGUGUACGGGAAGCUGGUGUGCGGCGAGUGCCACAACGUCACCCAGAACCCGCUGGGCCACUACCUCUGCCACAACUGUCACUUUGACCUGGUGAGCGGGGACGCGGAGCCCCAACCGCUGGGGUUUGGGGUUGGGGACGCUCCAAGGUCACCUGGCCUCCUGCUCUCUUGCUGGGUGGGGUGGUGGCAGCGGGGCUGUCCCUUGUCCCCUGCAUCGCCGCUGACGGGCGUUCUCUCUCUGCAGAUGGAGAACAACGGCACCCUCUACUACAGCCAUGUCCAACCCCUGGUGUACACGGUGUCCCUCCUGCUCCCUGCCGCUUACCUCAUCGGCCUCUUCUUCACCCUGAAAACUCACUCGCACAUCUACGACAUCCACAUCAGCGACUGUCACAUGCCUGGCCACCACCACAGCGCCGUGGUCCACUGGUCUCGCUGGCGGGCCCUGGUCAUCCUCCUGCUCUCCACCCUCUGCAUGUCAGCCUGUGCCGACCUGGCCACGGAGCACAUCAGCCCCAUCCUCACCAACUCCACCAUCUCACAGUACUUCAUCGGUGUCACCGUGCUGGCAAUGGUGCCUGAGCUGCCAGAGAUUGUCAACGGCAUCCAGUUCGCCCUGCAGAACAACCUGAGCUUGAGCAUCGAGAUUGGCAACUGCAUCGCCGUCCAGGUCUGCAUGCUCCAGAUCCCCAUCCUGGUGCUCUUCACCAUCUUCUACCCAACCAACUUCACGCUUGUCUUCAGCGACCUCCACGUCUACGCCAGCAUGUUCAGCGUGGUGCUCAUGAACUACAUCUUCAUGGAUGGCAAAUGUGACUACUUCCAAGGCACGGUGCUGGUGAUGGUCUACUUCAUCCUCCUGGCUGUGUAUUUCUUUGCCCCAUCGCCCAGUGGUUGCUGAGGUUUGGACUCUGCUUUCUCCAACCUUUUCAUUGGGUUCAGCGCCUGUCAAGGCGUUAUCCGGUGUCUCAGGGACUCGGCCGGGCUGGCUCUGGUCUGGAAGCAUCAUUUGAUGAAGCUGCUGCUGCUUGGCUCUCCCGGCGGGGUGCCAAAGGGGCUUCAGUGACGGGAAGGGUGGUGGCAAUAGAAGCACUCCCGAACCAAGAGGGAGCCUCAACGCCAGAGCACUUCACAGAGGUAUUUCCAGCCCACGCAUGCGUGGCUGGGAGGAAAACUGUCCCUAGUUGGAGGGUCUUGAAGGGUGUUUUUGUGUGGUCUCAAGGACAGACCCCUCUCUUGGGACAUGCUGCACUGGGAGAAGGUGCCUGAGAAGAGCCUUUCUCCCCUCCAGGCAGUGGGUGACCUCAGGCCUGGAAAGGACUGAGGCCUGGGGAUCACAAAGGGUUUAUUGAUGGUACUAGAAAUGCACCAAAAAGUAUUUUUCAGCUGGUUUUGUCAUUAAAGCAGUUUUGUACAAA